UGGGUUCAAAUCAAAAUUGGAAUAUGCUUCUGGAUUCUUUCAGAUGAGAAUAAAGACACCCAACAAGGACUCGCUAGGAGUAGUUACAGCUUUUUAUCUUACUUCAAAGGCCUUGGAACAUUUGGGAGGGAAUCAUGAUGAGAUUGACUUCGAAUUAUUGGGCAACAAAGGAAGGGCUUAUACAUUGCAAACAAAUGUGUUUGUAAGUGAUGAAGGGGGGAGAGAACAAAGGCAUAGUCUAUGGUUUGAUCCAACGGUUGAUUUUCAUACCUAUGGAAUCCUUUGGAACCAACACCAAAUAGUGUUUUAUGUGGAUGAAACACCCAUUAGGAUAUUCAAGAACAGGUCAAACAUUGGAGUAAGAUUUCCUUCACAUGAAAUGCAAGUUAAGGUCAGCAUAUGGAAUGGAGAACCAUGGGCAUCUAAUGGUAAGAAAAUUGAUUGGAAGCAAGCACCUUUCUUGGCUCAAUUCCAAGGGUUCAACAUUCAUGGAUGCCAAUGGCAAAAUCACAACAAAUAUAAUUGCUAUUCUCCCCAUUUAUGGUGGAAUAGCAAGAAAUAUUGGGAACUAAAUCCACAAGAACAAAGAGAGUAUGAAAAUGUGAGGAGGAAACAUUUGUUGUAUGACUAUUGUUCUGAUAGAGGACAAUUGCAUAAAGAAUGUCAAAACAGGUGACUCAGAAUGAAUGAUAAGUUAUCAUUAUGAUGAAAUAUAUUCAUAGUCAUGUACAUAAACUAUGGAGCUUUGUAAAAUUUAAGUAUGUACAUACAACUUUAUAGUUACUACUUACUAGUCGUUGGAUAGUGUAUUUAGUCAAAAAAUGUCUUAUAAAAUGGGACGAGGGAGUACACAUGAAAAACAACUUUUUUCUAAAAACACCCACUUUGUGUAAAUUUCUCUUUUCAAUACUCAAUAGAAAGGUGUGCAGCAGCUCAGAGAUGUAGGCACAUAGUAUUUUGCUGAAA